AUAUAUCAGUGUGGAUGAAAUGAAGUUCUUGUAUUUUUCUUUUCCUAUGUUUUGUUCCUCUCCCAAAAGCCACCAACACUCCAUGUGCAUCAUAUUUCCUAGCCUUGUUCUUGCUGCUUUUUUGGAAGAAAAAAGAAUCUAUCUUUUAUCUAGAGAGAGAGAGGGUUAUUGCUCUAAUCAUGCAAUUGAUACCCUCGUUCCAGCCACAAUGAGCAGCAGUCCUGCACCUUGCAGCCGAUCCUGGUCAAUAAGUGAGGACUCCCUAAGAAGGUAUGUGCAGUUUGCGAGUGAAAGCUGCGUACAAGAGUUAUUGGCAGCUUCGGACACAAACAAAGGAAAUGGCAAUGAUGGAUGGAAGAUGCUCACUCUUGACAAUGGAGUGGAGAUAUCAAAACGCAGGUCAGGCUCACUCCACACGUUUCGCAGCCGUUGGGUUCUUAGAGCUGUCUCUCCCCAACAGUUCAUAACAGUGGCCAAUGCCAUUGAUGCUGCAAAGCAAUGGGACUCUGAUCUGGUGGAAGCCAGGUACAUAAAAGAUCUUCAAGACAACCUCAGCAUAAUUCGUCUUAGGUUUGGUGAUAACUCCAAGCCUCUCUUCAGGAAUAGAGAAUUCAUUGUCUAUGAGCGGCGUGAGACUAUGGAAGAUGGCACCUUGGUGGUAGCAGUUGCUUCACUGCCAAAGGAAAUAGCUGCAGGGUUACAUCCGGAGCAAAGUAAUGCAAUCAGAGGACUGUUGCUACAGUCAGGGUGGGUGGUAGAGAAGCUUGAAGAUGAUUCAUGUGUGGUCACUUAUGUUGUUCAGUUGGAUCCUGCAGGAUGGCUGCCCAAGUGCUUUGUCAAUCGAUUUAACACAAAACUGGUUAUGAUCAUUGAAAACCUUAAAAAAUUAGCCCAAGCAUGUCCUAGUGAAGGUGAAAUUUGAUUACUUUGUAACCAAGUAUAGUAUUAAUGCCCAUCAUUGAGAUUUACUUACCACAGUAUUAUAAAUAGAAUUAAUUUCUUCGGCAUUUAA